AUGUGGAGACCGAAUUCCUUCCAUUCAUCUCACUCAACUCUUUCAUCCGGCGGUAUUCCCUUCGUUAUCUACUCGCGACACUUUCCCUCUUCCCGUCGCCAGCGCGCCAUGGAUCCCGCACCGCCGGUCCGCCCGCAGGUCGUGCGCGGGCGCAACGCGCUGGUGGGCGCGGCGCUGGUGGCGUUCGUGGGCGGCGUGUACGCGUACACCAUGCGCGCCGUGGGCGGCUCCGACGACAUCGGCGACGCCGUGCGACGACUGGAGAAGGAGCAGGCGACGAAUGCGACGAAGGCAACGUAG